GCAUUUUAUGUGCAAAACUUUCACCUUCAACGUAACCCAAAAUCUAAUUAAAACAUUCUGUAGCCUCAAUUACAGAACAUUCAGUCGAUGAAGUGUAAAUCCAUUGCAUGUAUAUGGUCCGGUUCACCGCCAGUCCACAAAGUCACCGCCGUCGCCGCACUGAACAAUCCUCCCACUCUCUACACCGGCGGUUCCGAUGGCUCCAUCAUCUGGUGGAACCUCUCCUCCUCCUCCUCAACCUCCAAUCAGGAAAUCACACCGGUUGCCAUGCUUUGUGGUCAUGUUGCUCCGAUAGCCGAUCUAGGGAUUUGUGUUCCUACUACAGUUUCGGGAGAUGGGAAAUUAGACGAUUCAAAUAAUGCGGUAUCAACUUCUAACUCAUCUAACUGUGGUGCAUUAUUAAGUGCAUGCACUGAUGGUGUGUUGUGCAUUUGGAGCAGAGCCAGUGGACAAUGCAGACGUAGAAGGAAAAUGCCUCCCUGGGUGGGGACGCCAUACCUAAUUCGACCAUUUCCCGAAAAUCGUAGAUAUGUAUGUAUAGCUUGUUGUUCCUUUGAUCAUGUUCAUUUAUCUGAUCAUCACUCGCCUGUUUCUAUUGAGAAGGGUGAAACAAUAGCAGAUAGAGACCCACAACAUGCUAAACCUGUAAAGUGCACAGUUGUUAUUGUUGAUACGUAUACUCUUGGUAUCGUCCAAACAGUUUUUCAUGGGAGCUUAUCCAUUGGGCCUUUGAAAUCUGUGGCUGUAAUUUCAUCCUUUGGAGAUGUAUUGACGGAGUCAGUGAUGAUGGUUGAUUCUUUUGGUAAGGCACAGUGUAUACCAAUAUUGAAGGAGUGUGAUUCAAGCACAGAAAGCAUGACCUCCAAGAGUAGCUUGUCUGAUGCAGGCAAAAUGAAUUGGGUAAAUGGGUCAAAUGACAGGGGACUUCUGGUGGCCUUUGCAAAUCGUGGGCCCAUUUUAGCUUUUGUAUAUGGUACAUGCUGCAUAUUUAGUCAAGUAGAGGAUGGCAGUGUCAUGGGAGAGAUAUCUUUCUCAGAUGAUCUGCUCUCUAUUGAAGGGAAGUCGUACGUCAUUGGUGGCAUGUUUGUUGUAGAUGAUAACGAUCUGCUUGAUUCUGAAGAUUCGGAUGCCACAUUCAUUGAAAAUUUUGCUGUAUGGAAUGGUAAAGGUGCGGCCAUAGUAUACAGGAUAUGUUACUCAAGUAAUAUCUUCAAGUAUGAGCCUUUUGCAGCUAUCCCUGUCAUUUGUCAGGAGUCUGGCAUGAGCUUAUCUAUCUCCUUUGUGCAACUGAACAACUUUCUUUUCCGCAUUGAAUCAAUUUCUUUUCCUAUCAACGAAUUAUUGAUUUGGAAACCUCGCCUGACAUGUUGGGUAUUGCCUAAGCUGCAGGACAAAAAUGAGAUAAAUUGUCAAGAAUGCAGACUUUUAGGUGAAGGUAGAAUAUUUGAUGAUUGGACUCAUAACCAGUAUGCCUCUGAAAAUGAGAUUGUUGGGCAGGUUGUUGAUAUAGACACAGCAGGUGGGAAGGCCACAAUAACUUCCUCCCAAGGUGCUGGUACUUGUUCUAAAGCUAUUGAUGAAAGGAUAUCAAACAUCACUAAAAAUGGAACUUAUGAAAGAAAAGAGCUAGUGUCUUCUUCAAUGGUUAUUUCUGAAGAAUAUGUGCCUUUGGCUAUUGUAUAUGGGUUCUAUAACGGUGAUAUAAAAGUUGUUCGAUUUGAUAUGUUCUUUGAAGGAUUAGAUUGUCAUGGUCAAAAUCCAUAUCCCGAGUCAAAAGCACAUGCCACUCAACAUUAUCUCUUGGGGCAUACAGGCGCUGUACUGUGUUUGGCUGCACAGCGAGCGCUGAUUAGAUGUCAAGGAGGUAGCUACAGUUAUGUUCUACUCUCAGGAAGUAUGGAUUGUACUGUCCGUGUAUGGGAUCUUGACUCUAGCAGUCCCAUGAUUGUAAUGCACCAACAUGUUGCUCCAGUUCGCCAAAUAAUUCUUCCACCAUCUCAAACAGAACGUCCAUGGAGUAAUUGCUUCCUCUCUGUUGGGGAAGACUCAUGUGUUGCCCUUUCUUCACUUGAUACCAUGCGUGUAGAGCGAAUGUUCCCUGGCCACCCAUAUUAUCCCGCAAAAGUUGUGUGGGAUAGUAGAAGAGGAUAUGUAGCAUGUCUGUGUCCAAACCAAACAGGAACAUCUGAUGCAGAUGUUUUGUUCAUUUGGGAUGUAAAAUCAGGUGCUCGUGAGCGGGUCCUUCGCGGAGCUGCUGCUCUCUCAAUGUUUGAACAUUUCUGCAUAGGAAUUGACAGAGAUCUCCCUCAUGGCAGUAGGAUAAGUGGAAAUACUUCGGCUUCCUCAUUGCUUUUUCCUGUUAGUGAAGAAACCAAGUAUCCACCAUCUCAUUCACAAACUCUGGGAAAGGGUACUUCUUUAUCAAAUAUAUCUGUUAGUACAAGUGUGUCUGGAAGUACUACGGGAUCUAAUCAAUCUGCAUUGUUUGCCUUGCAAAGCAGAAAACAGCCUGUUAAAGGCUCUUGUCCUUUUCCUGGAGUUGCCGCUCUGUCUUUUGAUCUCACGUCCUUGAUGUCUCUAUGUCAGACACAUGAGUACUAUAGAGCAGAGUGUUCCAAUCCUGGUAAAAACCAAGUGAAAGUAAUAAGGGUUGAGUCUCCCAUUAAGAGGAGUGAUUUCAGGGAUCAGGAAACUGAAGUACCUAGUUCCAGUGAUGAGAGAAUCAAUGAAUGCCUGCUUCAGUUUAGCUUGUCUAUUUUGCACGUGUGGAAUGUGGACCCUGAACUCGAUAAAUUGCUAGUCACUGAAAUGAAGCUAAAAAGACCGCAGAAUCUUCUCGUAGCUUCUGGUCUCUUGGGGGAUCGGGGGUCCUUGACUCUGACUUUUCCUGAUUAUAGGUCAACUCUGGAGCUUUGGAAAUCAUCAUCAGAGUACUGUGCAAUGAGAUCUCUAACGAUGGUGUCCCUUGCCCAACAUAUGAUUAGCUUGUCACAUUCCUUUCAGGCAGCCAGCAGGUAUGAUAUUGCUUGUUUAACUAAUAGUUCUUGGCAAAGCUAUUCUUAAUGGUUUGAAAUCUCUGUUUUGAAGCUUUUGGUGAGCUUUUGGCAAGACGAGGCUGAGCAUGUUAAGAUGGCAGCACGUUCCUUAUUUCAUUGUGCUGCUUCACGGGCUAUACCAUCUCCACUACGUCGGGAUAAUACAAGAGAUAAAGAGAAUGGAGUAUCACUAAGUGGAAACCAUGAUGCAGUCUCCACAGAAGAACCCACCAACUGCUUGAAGGAUGACAGUCAAAUUGUCACCGAAGGGAACUCUGAGGAUGAGCAAUCUGAAAUAAGAUCUUGGCUAGAAUCAUUUGAAAUGCAAGAUUGGAUUUCUUGUGUUGGGGGAACGAGCCAAGAUGCAAUGACAUCCCAUAUCAUUGUUGCUGCUGCAUUGGCUGUUUGGUAUCCUAGCCUUGUGAAACCAAAUCUUGUUGUCUUCGCUGUUAAUCCAUUGGUGAAGUUGGUUAUGGCGAUGAAUGAGAAAUAUAGCUCUACUGCCGCAGAAAUUCUGGCAGAAGGGAUGGAAAGCACAUGGAAGGCAUGCAUUGGUUCUGAAAUACCGCGCCUGAUCGGAGACAUUUUCUUCCAAAUUGAGUGUGUCACUGGUGCAUCCGCUAAUACACCUUCCAAGAAUCCAUCUACAUCUGUUAUGAUUCGUGAUACUUUGGUUGGAAUUCUUCUUCCAAGUUUAGCAAUGGCUGAUGUAUUGGCCUUUCUGAAUGUCAUAGAAAGCCAGAUCUGGUCAACUGCCUCUGAUUCACCUGUUCAUGUGGUAUCCCUCAUGACUAUAGUUAGGGUUGCACGUGGUUCUCCAAGAAACUUAGUUCAAUAUCUUGACAAGGUAGUCACUUUCAUUUUACAGACAAUGGAUCCUGGUAACUUAGUCAUGCGAAGAACUUGCUUGCAAAAUUCAAUGGCGGCAUUGAAGGAAAUUGCACGCAUAUUCCCUAUGGUGGCACUAAAUGAUCCAUUGACACGAUUAGCUGUUGGAGAUGCGAUUGGAGCGAUUAACAAUGCAAGCAUUCGUGUAUAUGACAUGCAAAGCAUCACAAAAAUAAAGGUCUUAGAUGCAAGUGGACCUCCAGGAUUUCCCAGUUUGCUUGGAGGAGCUUCAGGAAUGACUGUGACUACUGCAAUAUCAGCUCUUAGCUUUUCACCGGAUGGAGAGGGGGUAGUUGCUUUUUCUGAGACUGGGAUGAUGAUAAGAUGGUGGUCUUACUCGUCGGGAUCUGUGUGGUGGGAGAAACUGAGCAAGAAUCUAGUUCAUGUCCAGUGCACAAAACUGAUUUUUGUCCCACCUUGGGAGGGAUUCUCGCCUAAUGCUAAUAGAUCAAGCAUAAUGGCAAGUGUAUUCGGUAAAGAUGGAGAAGCUAAUCCAAAGGAGAACAAUGCGUCGAAUGAACUGGACAGAUUUAAACAUCUGCUUCAGAAUAUUGAUCUUUCUUACAGAAUAGAAUGGGUUGGUCAAAGAAAAAUAAAACUCACCCAACAUGGCCGUGAUUUGGGCACUUUCCAGCUAUGACAGCCCUGUGCCACUUUACUUAAAUUCCAACUCUUAAAUUUUCUAUUGUAGUUUUGGCUUUCGAUUGGAGAGGUGGUUUAUUUUUACUGUAGUUCACAUUGGUUGUUAACUGGAGCUGCUCAAUAUGCCUAGCUCUUGAGUUGAUGUCUCACCAACAUCUCUACUACAGUUUCAAACCUUUUGAACAGCGUUUAUGCUGAGAGGAAAUACUGUUCAAAGCAGCCAGAACAGUCAGAUGUGUGCAUUAGCUUGCGUCGAGAAGCAGCACCAACUUUUGGUCAGUUCAACGGUAAUCAGAACCUCUACGGAUAUGCAUGUCGAUUUUCCAUCAGAGACAAUUUUGUCCUUCCUUCGCCCCCCACUUUCAUCUUCUGUUUGGGUUCUUGAGGGGUGGGAUGGCACCAUAGAGGCGGGGCGGUUAUAUUGCACGCUCAUGUCUUGUACAAGUAAUUGAGUUCGAAAAUGUUGAAGCACUUACCUACUUAGUAGUACAGUUAGUACAAAUGUAAAUCAAUAGCUCUGAAGUCAUAGUUUUUGUAUAUUUUCACUAAUUGAUCUUCCUUGGUGCUGGGUGAGCUUUCCUUUCCAGCACCUCUACACGAAAUAAAAUGAGAUCUACAAACUUGGAGACCUAGUUCAGUUAUCCGAGGAUUAAUAUUCUUUA